AUGUUGCGCUCGCGUCUGCGCCACGCCGCGCACUCGUUGCCCCUUAGCAGACGACCUGCGCCUCUCCAUUCUCUGCCUCUGCGUCGUCUCGCGCCACUCGCCAGCGACUUUUCGAGCCGCUCGUCGCCUCGCAGGACGUUGUCGUCUCCGUUGUUACUGGCACAGCUGCCGCCGUUCCCGACGCUGUUGCGCGAAACUCAAGCCCGCAGGUUCUCUGGACUGCCUGUGAAACCGUCGACCGAUUCAACGAGUACGCACUCGACACCUGCCGAAGCGGCUGCGCUCAAGAAGAAGAUCGCGGCCGCAAGACGUCGGCGCAGUAAGAUCCGCGUGCAGGAGGAAAAGCUCGAGUCGGCGCUGGAGAAAGGAGGCGAGCGGCGUAUGAUCCGCGUGCAGGAUGUCGAGAAAGAGCUACCCAAGGUGCCCGCGCGCGCUGUCACGUUGCUGAAGCGCACGCCGCAGCUCGCGCUGCAGGGUAUCAAGGCUGUCGGCUACGCGCUUCAGGUGCUAGUGACGGACCCAGCGGCUGUCAAAGAGUGGGUUAUCAAGAUGAAGGGAAAAGUGAAGCACGAGCUGGACCACUACUGGUUGGGAACAAAACUGCUGUACGCCGACGUGUCGACGUCGACGCGUAUCUUGCGUCGGUUGCUUCGAGGGAAUGCGCUUUCGCGUCGCGAGCGCAAGCAGUUGCAUCGCACGGUCGUGGAUUUGCUUCGUCUUGUGCCGUUUGCGUUCUUUGUCGUCGUGCCGUUCAUGGAACUGCUGCUACCAGUAGCGCUGAAGAUGUUUCCUAAUAUGCUGCCGAGCACGUACAAGGACUCGUUUCAGCGUGAAGAUGAUAUGAAGCGUCAGCUGCAGCUCCGUGUGGCGCUGGCUGGUUUCUUGCAAGAUACCGUGAAGGAGAUCAUGCAGGACACACGCGACACGGAAGGCGUAUCUGAGGAGCGCAAGGCUACAGCUAGCGAAGUCAUGAGUUUCGUGGAGCGCGCUCAGCGUGGUGAGCCACUGUCAUCCGAAGAAACGCUCCAAGUCGCGAAGCUGUUCAAUGACGAAUUAAUGCUGGACAACAUUUCACGACCCCAGCUCGUCGGCAUGUGCCGGUUUAUGGGUGUGCAGCCUUACGGCAACGACAACCUGCUUCGCUUCCAGCUGCGUAAUCGUAUUCGCCAACUGAAGAAGGACGAUCAGGACAUUAUUUGGGAAGGCCUCGACUCGCUGAACAAAGAAGAGCUCCAAAUGGCGUGCAUGGAGCGUGGAAUGCGCGCCACAGGGCUGACCAAGGCUGGGUACGUUCGUCAAAUGCGCCAAUGGCUCGACCUGUCCAUUAACAAGAACGUGCCGGCGUCGCUACUCAUCAUGUCGCGGGCGCUGAAUAUCACUGCCGCGGACAAUUUGGAGGAGGCUUUGGCUACCUCGAUGUCGUCGAUGGAUGAAGAGGUGGUCACCGAGGUCGCCCUGGCAGCGAAGGCAUCUACGGAAGGAGAAACGGCAGAAAUGCGUAAGCUGAAGCUCGAUAGCAUUCGAUACCAGAAUGAAAUGAUUGCGGACGAAGAGAAAUUCCGUGACGAAGCUCAGAAAAAAGAGAGUAAAGCGAAGCAGGCUGAAGGUGAGGCAGCUGCGACCCAUGCUGCUGCUGUUGCUGCCGAUGCACAGACUGCGGUGCAGGAGGCGAUUACUGAUGUGAUUAUGGAGAGGGCCCAUGCUCAAUCAAACGUGGCUGCGUCGACGGCAUCAAGUUAUGCGUCUGGCGGCAAGCAUGAAGAGGAGGCUCCAGUCGUGCCCAAGAGCAUCGAAAAUAUCGUGAGUCUGGAGGAGCUUAGCGCUCUCGAGUCACUUGCGUUCAAGUCGCUCGUCGAGAAGGAGCGUCAGACGGUGGGUCAGCUGAAGCAGAAUAAGUACGAUAUGGAUGUCGAGGGUCUGCUGGCGGCUGGCCGCAUUGGUGCACAGGCCACGGAGAACAAGACCGCUGGUCGUAUGAUGAAGAAGCUCGAGACUAUGCUGUCCAGCUUGGAGGUAGAAAUUGAGGAAGUCGACCGUCACGUCGGCGACCGUUUGAAUAUUCUCGAUCGCGAUAGCGAUGGCGUCUUGUCCGCGGAGGAGCUGCGUGAUGCUGUUAUGACCAUUUUGCGAAAGGCGAACACCCAGGAGGAUGUGGAGUGGGUCAUUUCACAAAUCGACGAAGACAACGACGGCAAAAUUGCUUUGGAGGAGCUUGUUGCCUGGAUCGCAAAGUGCCGCGAAAGUCUAGAAGCUACGGGUAGCAUUUCUCUGCCACCAACGGAAUCAAGUAGCGAAGCCGCGGCAGCAGCUGCAGAGGCUGAAAAGGUCAAGAUGGACAAGGCGGAGAAAACGAAGAUCAAGCGAGCAAACAGUCGCAAGAAGAAGGAAAAGGACAGUAGCGCUGUCUAA